UAAUUCCUAUUAAGACAAAAUUAUCUACGAUUCAGUGGGCAUUAGUGAUUGAUAUUGCAAUUUAAUAAAAUUAAUACACAUUGAGAUAUGUAAUUUUUAACAGAUUAAAAAUGAUAGGAUACACAUUCUUUAGAACAAACAGUAACUUUUUCAUCGUAAACGUUGCAAGUGUGUUAACACAAGGAGGAAAGAGCUGGAAAUAGCAGUAGACAUUUUCAAUAUUUUGCACAGUAAUUUUGGCUUUUAUGCACCUUUAUUAGAGCAUGACAAAUUAAUCGUUGCUUUAAUCAAUUAAUUUGAACAAAGUCAAACAUGACGGAGGACAUGUCUGGAGCAGACAUUUGCAGAGUUUGCAGGUCUGAGGGUCUUGUAGACCGACCUCUUUUCCAUCCUUGUAUCUGCACAGGCAGUAUUAAAUGGAUACACCAGGAGUGUCUAGUACAGUGGAUGCGAUAUUCACGUAAAGAAUAUUGCGAACUUUGCGGAUAUCGUUUCUCUUUUAUGCCAAUUUAUAGCCCAGAUAUGCCGCGUCGUUUACCAUUAAGAGAUGUCGUCGGGGGAUUAUUUUCUAAUAUUGUAACAGCAGUAAAAUGCUGGUUACAUUAUACUUUAGUUACAAUAGCAUGGUUAGGAGUAGUUCCAUUGACUGCCUGUCGAACUUACAGGGCACUGUUUAGUGGACCUCUUGAUCUGGUUCGAAUAAUGUCAUUACCAAUGGAUAUGCUAUCUGCAGAAAAUAUAUCAUCAGAUGUAUUUCAUGGAUGCUUCGUAAUGACGUGCACUCUGUUUGCAUUUAUUGGUCUAGUAUGGUUAAGAGAACAGAUUUUACACGCUGGUGGUCCAGAUUGGCUUGACCGAGAUAAUGUACAAUUACCUCCUGUUGAUCAUCCACCACUCAAUUUAGUGGUUCCCAUGCAACAGUUCCAAGAACAAAGGGCUCUUCAACAACAAGAAAUUCAAGAUAAUAACAAUGUGCCACCCUUUGUUGAUGAACCGCCCAUCUUACCAGAACAUUCAAAUAACGAUGAUUUGGAGAAUGCGGAGGAACGUAGAAUAGAAGAAAAUAAUUUACCAGAUAAUGAGAGAAUGGAUGAAAUUGAAGGAAUUGAUAGAAAUGUUGAACUACAUGUUGCUCUCAGAAAUGCUGAACAGCAGAUUGAACAGCCUAUCGGAGAUAUAGAACCGCCUAUAGUAGUUGCACGAAAUGUGGAACCAUUAAUACCACCUAGAGAUGUAGAACAACCUGCAGCAGCUAGAGAUGAAUUGGGCGUAGAUGGCGAACAAGCGAACGCAAGAGCUGGCGAGGGAUGGAGGGAUCAGGCCCAGGGUCAAGCACAAGGAGAAGCUGAAGAAGCGAACUGGAAUCCAUUGGAAUGGGAUAGACCCGCGGAAGAAUUAACUUGGGAGCGACUUUUAGGCUUAGAUGGAUCUCUUGUUUUCCUUGAACACGUAUUCUGGGUCGUUUCAUUAAAUACGCUUUUUAUUGUGGGUUUCGCCUUUUGCCCUUAUUGCAUUGGUAGUCUUACAAUAGCAGGAUUAGGUUUACAAGAAUAUGCGGCUGCUUCACAUUUUAAAGUAUUAGUAACUACGUUGUGUGGUUACUGUGUUACUGGAGUGUGGCUGGUGGUUCUUCAUACAUUAGCGGCACCUUUAGGUUUCCAACGUUCUCAACAGUUAUUUGGCUUAUGUUAUGUUGUAGUAAAAGUUUCUUUACUAUCUGUCGUUGAGAUAGGUGUACUUCCACUGGUUUGUGGUUGGUGGUUGGACAUUUGUUCACUAGCAAUGUUCGACGCCACACUUCGAGAUAGAGAAUCUUCAUUCAAGUUAGCUCCCGGUACUUCAAUGUUUCUACAUUGGUUGGUAGGAAUGAUAUAUAUAUACUACUUUGCUUCAUUCAUUCUGUUACUACGAGAAGUAUUACGGCCAGGAGUACUUUGGUUCUUAAGAAAUUUAAAUGAUCCUGACUUUUCUCCUAUCCAAGAAAUGAUACAUCUUGCAAUUUUAAGCCAUGUUAGAAGACUCAUAACAUCUGCAGUGAUAUUCGGAACUGCUAUUUUAUUAAUGCUAUGGUUACCUGUAAAACUUUUAAGAUGGGCAUGGCCAGGAUUUUUACCGUAUACCGUGACUAUUCAAAGUGAAGCACAGAUCAGCGAAUUGUCUUUAGAAUUACUAUUACUGCAAGUCAUUCUUCCCGCAUUACUGGAGCAAUCGCAUACACGUACAUGGUUAAAAGCUCUAAUAAGAGGCUGGUGUCGAGUAGUAGCCUGGAUGUUAGACCUCCAAUCGUAUCUCUUAAGAGAACAAACUGAGGAUCCAGGACCAGCAGUAAUCGAAGAACCGCAACAUCCUGAUUUAGGAGCAGCGCAUCAAGCACUGUUACAAAGAGGAGGACCAACAGGUUUCCAACCGUAUAUAAGGCCACACUGGUUUCCUGCUCGUCUAGUUGGUCUUUUGUUUUGUGUUUGCGUUUCUCUUGUUAUCGCUAGUUUAAUUGCAAUGAUUCUUCCUGUUUGGCUUGGACGCAGAGUAAUGGCGUUGUGGAUGGUCGGAGCUCCGGCUCCGUCUCCACCCGUAUUACCACCUGCCUUAAGUGGGUCUGAUAAUAAUGAAGCUGCAGUUGCUUUAUCUGGACGAGUACAUGAACUGUACACUAUAGCCUGUGGAAUGUAUGUAUGUUGGGCAGCAGCAAGAGGAUUGGCCUUAGCAUUUUCUUGGUUACCUCGUGGUCGAAGAGCUCUGUUAGAUAGAGUAAAACAUUGGGCAAUCAUAGGUGUUAAAGCGUCAGUAGCAUUUUUUUUACUUAUUGGCCUAAUACCACUUUUGUUUGGUCUUCUUCUUGAGGUAGUCGUUGUAGUACCAUUACGUAUACCACUAGAACAAAAUCCUAUCCUAUUUAUCUGGCAAGAUUGGGCCCUAGGUGUGUUAUACACAAAAAUAGCGACCGCCAUUAUUAUGAUGGGACCGGAUUGGAGAAUUCGACUCGCAAUUGAACGAGCGUACAAUGAUGGCAUUAGGGAAAUAGAUUUGAAAUUCAUCGUUACGGAAUUGGCAGCGCCGGUAAUAUGUUGCUUUGGACUUGCUUUGGCUGUUCCUUAUGCUAUAGCUUACGGAAUAGUCCCACUUCUGAUCACGAAUUUACAAACGCAGAUUCUUAUUGCCAGACAUUUGUAUCCUAUCCUUUUAUUAGUACACUUGGUAUGUAUUGUUAUCUAUUUUGAAAUUGGACAAUUUAAAAAACUUUAUGAACAUAUAAAGAAUGACAAAUAUCUUGUGGGACAGAGACUUGUAAAUUAUGAGCACCAAAAUAAGUCUCAAUCAUAACACAACAAUUACAAUCUUAAGCAUUAAGCUAAUAUAUUUAGUAUAAUCUUUUUCCGAUGGUGACAUGAAUUUAACAGAGGAUUCUUUAAUGUAAAUUCUUUAUUGCAAUUGAUCUAAAACAGACGCUAACUUAUGUUAAUUAUACAUUAAUUUUUAGUAUUGUAAUUUAUUAGUGUAC